CAGCAGCAGUAGCAGCAGCAGCAUCGCAUGCACUUUGCUCACCUUCUCCUCCUACUCCUACACAAGCCAUUCCCUUCUUCUUCUUCUUCGUCUUCGUCUUCGUCUUCGUCUUCUUCUUCAUCUUCCUCCCCAAUAACAAAAUCUUUCUUUGGCCAGCCCAAACAGCUCUUGCUGCAGUCACUCUCUCUCUCUCUCUCUCUCUCUCUCUCUCUCUCUCUCUCUCUCUCUCUCUCUCUCUCUCUCUCUAUCUGCUCUGCACUUUUCCAUCAAAUCACAACCUCUGUGCACAGAAAGACAAACAGUGCCCCUGCUUGUCUCUGCCUCACCUUCACCUGUGGCGCCAUCUCUUGCAACAGCAGCGUCGUGGCUGAGCAGAGAAGCAUCCGUCUCUCUUUGGCUUGUCCUGGCCUGCCUGCCUGCCUGCAUGAGUGCUUGCCUGCCUCUCCCCUGAGGAACAAUGAGAGAUGGCGCCAAGAAGAGCAAGCUGUCAUGGUCCAAGAGCCUUGUGCUGAAGUGGUUCAACAUCAGGGGGAAGUCCUAUGACUUCCAUGGCGAUGAUGCAGCUGCUGCAUUUGGGAGGAGAGGAGGAGGAGGAGAGGAUGAGUGGAGGAGCAGCAGCUUUUCCAGGAGGGAAUCCUGCACGGUCAAGAAGAGCAGGACAGAGAGGGCGUCGCGGCGGAGCCACGAGCGGUCUCGCCGGAGCAAGAUCGACCUCGACGCUGCGGAGGCCACCGUCACGUUGGACUACAGGAUCUUCGUUGCCACGUGGAACGUGGGCGGCCGCGCGCCGCCGGGGUCGCUGAGCCUCGACGACUGGCUCCGCACCUCGCCGCCGGCCGACAUCUACGUCCUCGGGUUCCAGGAGAUCGUGCCGUUGAACGCCGGCAACGUGCUCGGCGCGGAGGACAAUGGCCCGGCGAGGAAGUGGGUGUCGCUGGUGCGGCGGACGCUGAACAGCCUCGCGGGCACGGGCGGUGGCGGCGGAGGCGGAGGUGGCGGGGGCAUGAGGACGCCGUCGCCGGCGCCGGACCCGGUGGUGGAGAUGGACGACGACUUCGAGGGGUCGUCGUCGAGGCAGAACAACCCGGCGGCGUUCUUCCACCGCCGCUCGUUCAACGCCGGGCUCAGCCGGAGCCUCCGGAUGGACGGCGACAUCCUCGGCGGCGGCGGCGGCGCGCAGCCGAGGCUGGAGCGCCGGUACAGCGUCAACGACCGCGUCAUGUACGGCAGCCGGCCGAGCGACUACGAGGCCAACUGCCGGUGGGGCCACCCGUCGGACGACGGCGAGAUCGACGACGGCGGCGGCGAGUCGCCAAGCGCGGUGUUCUCGCCGAUGUCGUACGGAUACGGCGCGCCGCCGUACAUGGAAGAGAGCAAUGGCGGCGCCGCCCAUUCUAGGUACUGCUUGGUUGCGAGCAAGCAAAUGGUUGGAUUGUUCCUGAUGGUUUGGGCUAGGAGAGAAAUAAAAAGUGACAUAAGAAAUCUCAAGGUGUCUUGUGUAGGGAGAGGAUUGAUGGGCUAUCUUGGAAAUAAGGGUUCGAUUUCGGUUAGCAUGUUGUUGCACCAAACAAGCUUCUGCUUCGUCUGUAGUCACCUCACAUCGGGGCAGAAGGAUGGUGAUGAGCACCGCAGAAACUCCGAUGUGAUGGAAAUUUUGAGAAAAACCAGGUUCCCAAUGGUUUAUGGACAGUAUGAGAGAUCACCAGAGACUAUUUUGGAGCAUGAUCGGAUCAUUUGGCUUGGGGACCUAAAUUAUCGGAUAGCGCUUUCCUACCGAUCGGUGAAGGCUCUUGUGGAGAUGCGCAAUUGGAAAGCAUUGCUUGAGAAAGAUCAGCUGAGGAGCGAGCAAAGAGGCGGCCGCGUAUUUCCUGGUUGGAAUGAGGGGAGGAUAUAUUUUCCUCCUACUUACAAAUACUCAAAUAAUUCCGACAGAUAUGCAGGGGAUGACAUGAACCAGAAAGAAAAGAGGAGAACUCCAGCAUGGUGCGACCGCAUUUUAUGGUAUGGAAGGGGUCUUAGCCAACUCUCAUAUGUUCGAGGAGAGUCCCGCUUCUCAGAUCAUAGGCCUGUCUACAGCAUGUUUAGUGCAGAAGUAGAAUCGAUCAAUCACAGCCGAAUUCAGAAAAUGAGUUGUUCAAGCUCGCAAUUGGACAUCGAAGAAUUGCUGCCCUACUCAUAUGGUUACACCGAUAUCAACCCAUAUGGAUACACCGACCUCAACUUCUAUUGAAAUGGGCUCAAAAGGUUUAGCUUCAUCAUGAGUUCUCUGAGUCUUAGAAGCAUCAGGAAAUUUAUUUCCAGUCCUGCUCUGAAACACCUAUAGUUAGCUUUGUCAAUUCUCUGUCAACAACGGACAGUGUUGAUAGACCUGAAGACCUGAACCGAACUAAGGUUCUCCUUCCGAUGAACUGGUGAGCUGCAUUUGCACAUCGUAGUUAUGAAAGUUUUUUUGUGUAGACAGCUCACAUGAGUUCAGAAAAAUACCAUAUGAUGUUCAUAUUCAGUCAUCUUCAGAAGUUCUCUGAAUGUUCAGAUAGAUGCCAAGAUCCUUUUUCCUAUCCAGACAAGGUACCAUCCAUUAACUAAUUAGUAGAAGAGAUUUUCCACUGACUCCACAAAAGAAAAAGGAAAACAACUACAAGACUAACAUCAAGAGAAGCAUUGCUCAUAUGAUGAGCAAGAUAGUACUGGCCAUUCAAAUCUGAAGCUCAGAUGACUUUGGCCAAAGCAAAGAGAUGCAUGCCAGACAACAACAGCAGCAAGCGUGCAUCAGUUUAUUUUUCUUCACCCCCCUGUACAUUGUAGGCCAAUUUCUUUCAUUCUCUUUGGUUGCUUUGACAAUGUAAACGAUCGAAAAACGACAAGUGUCGGUCUGUA